GUAUACGACCUCAGUCGUCUCUCAACGUUCUUACGAGAAGGAUGUCCGUGUAAUAUAUUGUAUUAUUUUCUAAGACGUUUAAUACGACGUAUAUAUUAACAAACGAGAAUAGAUUAAUGUUAAACAUAUUAUUUAUUUAAAAUAUUAUUUAUUACGUUAUUUAUUUUAUAGAAAUAAUGAUAGAAAAUUUCGGUGUUUCGUUAUUUGGUUAGAAUGUUCGAAGUAUUCGAACUUGAGAUUUCGUCGCUAGAUGGCACUGCAUUGCGCCAUUCACGUCGAGUUCGUUCAUUCAUGAGUAAUGCGUUUUGAAAUUCAUUGAAAUUUUAGAUGCUUCAUCUACGCGAAUAGCAAUUUAUUUUUAAGAAUACCAACAGAAAAAUGGCUCAAGAUAAUAAUACCGUGUCAUUCAAGACAGCGCCAGGAUUUUGUCCAGAUUGCGGAUCGAUUCUUCCUCUGUUAGGUGACAAGGGCAAUGUAACUUGUUAUUCCUGUAAACGAAGCUGGGGACAUGAAGUUUUUGGCGACAUGGCUAUGACUUAUACUAUAUCUUUUAAAUCAAAGAGUUCUUACUCUCAUACAAAAGAGACCGAUGAUAAAGAUCAGGAUGGUGAUGGUCCAAUAGUCGAACGUCGAUGUCCACAGUGUCAAAAUGAAAAAAUGUCAUAUGCAACAUUGCAAUUAAGAUCAGCCGAUGAAGGACAAACUGUGUUUUAUACAUGUACCAAGUGCAAAUUCAAAGAAACAGAAAAUUCGUGAUUUGGAUAUGUUUUGGGUCUUUGUAUCUUUGAAAUGAAAAAUUUUAAACAUUAGAAUUUAAUUAAUUUCAAUACGAUCACUCUCUUCUAAUAAAACAUAGAACUUUAUUUAUGAUACACUCAACAAAUGAUGAAUGAGAAGGGUAUAUAAGUAUUUUUAUAAUUCUACAGGGUCAAUAGUACAAUUUUGUUAUAACAAUAUAUGGAUAUCUUAAUUAAAUAGUAAUUAAGUAAUUUCAUAUAUACAGUAUGUCAGCAUAAAAGGUAACAAUUAUUUUAAUAAAUUCAUUUUGAUCCACUUUUAAAACUGUUAUGAUGUAGUGGUCCUUUGAUUAAAAAAUCUUAUUAGUCAUAAAUUUUUUCUUCGAUAAUCCUACCCCUUCUUUAUAUGACAUUAACACAUUGUUAAUUGCCCACAUUCUAAUUAUAGUUCAUAAUAGAUAUGCUAUCUUGUGUCACAAGAAAAGGGUCUCAUAAACUAAUAGAGGAACUUUGUUAUGUGAACUCUGAGUAGUAAAAUUCUAAGAAUUUGAUUUUGUAUUUUAAAAAUUUACAUUUGCAGUUUCUUGUGAGGGCAUUUUUAUUAUCGGACUUAUAUAUAGUC